AUGGCAAUAACAGAUGUUUGGAUCCUUAAAAAUGAAAACAUCAAGAUUUCGAAAGUGCAAUACAGAAUUCAGGUACCAAUGCUUCACCAGUACUCGGAUUUAAUGCUUCGUAUGCCACCUUAUUCCACCAAUAAAUUAGAGCAGAGUUUUAACACUAAUCUAGUUAGCAAUUACACUUUGGUGAAAAAACAAUUCGAAAAUAAAUAUAAUAUCUGGAAAAAAUUCGAAGAGAGUAUCCACGAUUUAGAAAGAAAUGAAUGCUGGAUAAAGGCAACAGCGAAUUCUGCUGCAUCAUAUGGUGACCACGUGCUACAGAACUAUCGUUUUACAACACUUCGUGGCGUUACAAAUAAAUUUUGA